GUAUAGUAUGUGGUUAAAAUGCAUUUUACAGCGUUAAAGCGGGACUGAUGGGUAGACAAAAAUUGGGCAGGUCGUCAAAUUGGUGAAAUUGUGACUCGCCCAUGAAAACACGCUUUUCGCUGUACCCACUCAAGAAGUCGCGACUGGCAGGAGCUUCAACAGGAUCACAUAAUGCCUGCCGAACAAGUACACUCCAGUGAACAAUUCGAAGACUUCAGAACCUUUAUACGCGAAUUCGACUCUGAAGAACAAUUCACUGAUAAGCUGAGGGAUGAAUGCGCGCAAAAGGCUUCCUCAAUAUCGAAGGGCUUGAAUGCCCUGGACGGCAGUAACGAUGUCAUUGAUGACCACCCAAAGAGCUUUAGUAUGGUGCUGGACUUCUACAAGGAACACUUUGCGAAAUUGAAAUUCAAUUAUCUAGAGCAAGAGACGAAAGACCGUUUUUUGAAGAGCUUGAUGAAGGACCCAUCGCUUGUGAUUGAACAACCGGAUAACUGGGAAUUAGACCGACAGAAUCGUGAAGAAAAGCAAAAGCUCAAGGACGGUAAAUUGGAAACCAGUACACUACAGAGAGAGAUUGCAACCGUAGGAAAAACACUGCACGAUGCAAUCACGGAUCUAAAGCAUAAGGUUGAUAAGACUGAAUCAGUAUUCGCAGAAAUCAACGAGAUGGAAGCAGAGCUGACGAAAAUGAGCCAGGAAGCUGAUAAACAUAGUAAACUCACUGUAGAAGAAGCCAAAUCUAUUAUCGACCAGCAGAGUGACGAUUUCCAAAAUAUCAGCAAUGAGAUGGAGAAACGACGAGACACCAUAUCAGAGCUAUCAUGGAAAAUUGAAAGUUUGGAAACCGAAAUAGAACAAUUGGAGGCGCAAAAGUUUACAGCGGAAGCAUAUGCUGCCGAUGCAGUUAGAAUGGCAAAUAAGCGUGACCCUACCGUUGAGGAUUUGACGAAAUGGUAAGGGAAAGCUGAAAACGUUAGUGAGAAGACAACAG